AUGGAAGAGGAGGGUUCAAUAGAGCAGACCUGUGAGCUCUACGAACGCGCCGUUGCGAACGUCCCUCCCAUUAAGGUGUACGUCCGUGUUUUUAACAGACAGUCUGUUCGAAACAUGCAUAAAGGCACCUACUAUAGUCGACUGUCGUGUUUUAUUCGAUGCAGUUCGCUACGCAACUGUCGCGUUUACCUUUUCCAAGCCAGCUUCCAUAACAUGUGGUCUGUUGUUUGCUUUAAGGAAAAACGGUACUGGCGACGCUACAUCUACCUGUGGAUUAACUAUGCAAUCUUUGAAGAACUCACUGUUGGCGACGCUGAGAGGACAAGGCAGGUGUACAAUUUUGCGCUCAGGCUCAUACCCCAUCGCCGCUUCACUUUCGCCAAGUUCUGGCUAUACGCCGCCAAAUUUGAGAUUCGACAAAAGCAGUUGACCACGGCCCGAAAACUUCUGGGUACAGCUAUCGGAAAAUGUCCCAAAGCCAAACUCUUUCGAGGUUACAUCGAGCUGGAGAUACAACUUCGCGAGUUUGAUCGCUGCAGACGUCUGUAUGAAAAGUUCCUUGCGUAUGCACCGGAAAAUUGCACAACUUGGAUGAGGUAUGCAGAAAUGGAAGCCCUCCUGGAUGAGACUGAACGUGCACGAGGCAUCUACGAACUGGCAGUUGCACAGCCUCUACUCGACAUGCCCGAACUUCUCUGGAAGGCCUACAUUGACUAUGAAAUUGAAUUGCGUGAGUGGGACCGAGCGCGCAGUCUCUACCGCCGACUCAUGAAGAAGACUCAACAUGUUAAGGUUAGUCCUACUGCGCCCACACGCUUAACACCAAGUCCCUUGAUGUCUAUGCCAUGCCAGCCUUCUUUCGGAGAGUUCGCAAGUUUUUUGCACUGUCCUGUGUAUUGGCGUUGGAAAACAGUUGUGUACAUCCGAAACCUUAAUGUUUUGCGAACCCUGGCCUGGUAA